UACGCGCGGGGAGGUGGGAGCGUCCGAAUAACGCGGGGUCUGAAGGGGGGGGAAAUGUCUCCUUCCGCUUCCGGGUGGGCGGUCGCCAUGGCGAGUAAUGCCGCCAGCCUCAACGCUGUGCGGGAGACCAUGGAGGUUCUGUUUGAGAUUUCAAGAAUAUUAAACACUGGCUUGGAUAUGGAGACCUUGUCUAUUUGUGUGCGGCUUUGUGAACAGGGUAUCAACCCAGAAGCAUUAUCUUCUGUUAUUAAAGAACUGCGUAAGGCUACAGAAGCUCUAAAGGCUGCUGAAAAUAUGACAAGCUGACAUGGUAGAAGCCUUCUUCAUGAGAAGAAUUCAAAGUUGUAGGGUUAAUAAAGGAUUUAACGAUUGGCCCCUACUCAGAAAUAAUAUGAAAUUAUAUCUGAAGGUUUCAGAAUAUUUCUGUAAGUCAUCUUGAAAAAGACAGUGUAUACAACAGCUUCAGAAAGUUUUGUUUUCUUAAAUAGACCCAUCAGUAAUCUUACCACACUUGAAUACUUGGUUAUCUUUAUGAACCAGGAGUGAAUUUAGUGCAAUUGCUCUUCUUCAGCAUCCAGGAUUUUUAAAGAAUGUCAGACUGAAGGCUUGCUGAAAUUGCUAGUAUGUAAUAGUGAAUGUCGUUAUCAAGAAUAUAGCUUGUUAAUGUAUCCUUUAGAAGUGCUAAUGUGUUCUGUUUAUUCCUAUUGUAUUGCUGUAAAAAUACAUGGAUGCUUUUAUCUGUGGGAAAAAUAGGAAUGAGGCCCCUUUUGACUUGAUUUUAAUUAGCGUACAGAUGAUGACUUAAAUGACUUAAGUCGCAUACUGAAAAUAAGAAAUAAAGCACUUUUGAUUAUCAAGAUAA